AUGAAAGUAGAAACUUUAGUUAUGAAAAUAAUAGAAGCUAUUGAAACAGCUUCACCAACUGUAAUAACUUUCAAUGGUAAAAAAAUCAGCAUAACUAAAAAACUUAUUGAUAAAUACAAAUAUUGUAAAGUCAGAGAUGAUAUAGACUUAGAAAGAAUUGACAAGAGUGUAAAGGAAGGUGGAUUUAUAUUUUCCCUACCUUUGAUAUUUGCUGGUCUUACCGCGGCGGGUGCAAUAGCUGGUGCUACAGCUGCUGGAGUAGGUACUGCCAACGAAGAUAAAGCAGCUAAAGUAACAGCUGCCGAAGAACAUAUACACAAUUUGGAAAUGGAAAAGCAAGCAAAGAAAGCAGCUACUGCAAAAAAAGGGUCCAGGAGUGGGAGAUAUGAUAGGCACAAGAAAAGAAUUUGGAAAACGAUUUGGGGAAGAAACCAAGAAAAAUGUUAA